AUGCCUCCUCGAUCGAAAAAGCGGAAGCCUAAUCCUGAACCUGAACCAUCGAGUUCGUCGUCAUCGUCCGAUAAUGAUGAUAAUUCCGAAGAUGAAACCAAUCAAUUAGAAAAUAUUCAAAUAGAUUUAGAAGCUCGUUCACCCACUGACUCUGACCGUUCGAUCAUCCUUCAUUUUCUCGAACAAUCGUUCGGAAAUUCAAUGAAAAAAUCUGUACUCGAUUUAAGUCUACUCGCUAAUCGACUUGUUAGUCAACAAUCAUGCGGCAGUGUUUUUUAUCAACCAUUAGACGAAAUCGAAGAAGAGGAUGAUGAUGAUGAUGACGAUGAAAGUCCGGUCUUAGGUAUCUGUUCAUUUCUACACUUUAAUAAACAACAAAAUCAACAAUUGUACACGUGGCUGAUGGACAAAUGUUCGGAGAAUUCUCAAGCAAAAACAAUUCUUCAGACGUCGACUUGUGGAUUAUUCAUCAACGAACGUUACAUGAAUAUUCCAGCAGAAAUCAGUGUACCGGCCAUUCGAACGCUUCGCGAGGAAAUUACUGAACAACUGGAUUAUUGGAUAGUUCACGUGAAAUUACGUGCAAACAAAAAGGAUUUGAAUGCGAUUCAUUACAUGAACGGCGAGGAAGAAGUUUUCGAACAACACGCAAGUGCCUCCAUUGAUUAUCAGCCGAUUCAGUCGAAUGCAAAUGAUUGGAUAGAAAAACGUCGAAUUUUAUUCGUUUCAACAAAUAAACUCGAUCAAAUCUGUUCGGACAUCGAGCAGAAACUAAAACAAUAA